CUGAGCUGGGGAGGCACUGGAGAAGAAAACCCUAGAAGAAUGUCGUCUUCUUCCCAGCUCUUCUUCCCCGCUUCUGUGUAGGCUCUUCCUAGGACAAUCCCAAUACAAAGCAACCCUCUUCCUUCCUUCUGGAGCAAUCUGAGUCUGGAACCAGAUUUGGACGGUCCCAGAGGGGAAACUGUCUCUGCCUGAGAACUGGACCCUUCCCCAGGAAGUGGUAACGUGCCAGGAGGACCACUGACUUCUGCCUCAUCAGGUCACCCUCUGCUUCCCGGAGCAGGUCACUUACUGCUCAGCAGCAUGACUCAACCUGCCCAAUUCCCUCACACCCCAAUACCUAUAUCCUUCACCUCUGAUGUGCAAUACAAUAUGGAUUGCAGCGUCGUAUCUGAAAUGAGUGCCAUGAACAUAGAAAAGGCCGUGGGAGAAGGGAAUUGGCUGGAGGUGAUCUCUGUGGUCAGGAAAACCAUGAAGACAGUGUCCAGUGCCCCAGUGAGCAUUGCUGUGACUGGGGAUUCUGGUAAUGGAAUGUCCUCCUUCAUCAAUGCACUGCGGGGAAUUGGGCAUGAGGAGGAGGACUCAGCUCCCACUGGGGUAGUGCAGACCACUCAGACUCCCACUUCUUACACUUGCUCUCUCUUUCCCAAUGUGGCACUGUGGGACCUGCCUGGCACAGGGGCUGCCAUGCAAAGCCUGGACAACUAUCUGGAGGAGAUGCAGUUUAGCCAGUAUGACCUUUUCAUCAUCAUUGCAUCUGAACAGUUCAGCACGAAUCUCGUGAAACUUGCCAAAACCAUCCACGGUUUGGGAAAGAGGUUCUACAUUGUCUGGACCAAGCUGGAUAGGGACCUCAGCACACGUAUUCUCUCAGAGAAACAACUCCUGCAGAAUAUUCGGGACAAUAUCCGGAAAACUCUCCAGGGGGAGGGUGUGUGUGAACCCAUCAUAUUCCUGGUCUCAAGCUUCUAUCCAUUAUUGCAUGACUUCCCAGAGCUUAGGGACACCUUGCACAGGGACGUCUUUGACUUCAGGUGCCAUGAUCCCCUAGAGAACCUAUCCCUCAUCUGUGAGAAGGUCAUUAAUGACAAAGUGACCACUUGGCAAGGGCAAAUAGGCUCAGAGUCUCUCCAGAACACCCUUGGUAUCCAGAAUGCAGAUGAUCCUCAGGAGUGUUUAUAUGCCUACCGCUUGCUCUUUCAUGUGGAUGAUAACUCUCUCCAGCAGGUCGCCCAGAGUCUGGGAAAACCCAUGGAGGAGUACAAGGCCACUAUGAAGUCUCGGGAUCUGCCCACGGUCCUCACAGAGAACUGGGCAUUAUCUUGGAUGAACUGUAAUACAGCCUCUUACUUAUAUUCAAUUCUGAGCAACAUCCCAAUUGUAGGUUAUACUAGUAUCUACUACCUGAGAUGGCGUCAGAGCCACUUCCUUAAAAUAGUUGCUGAGGACACAAAGACCAUUCUGAGGAAAAUCUUGAAAGACUCCAUUAUCUGAAGAGGUGAUGUCCUAGCAAGUUCUUCCUUGGGGAUAGUAAGGACAUUUGGGAUCCUCUCCUUACAUUAUGCCCAAUCAAAUUGAAUACUUCCACUUUCUUUGGUCCUAAGUUUUAUGAGGUAAAUGAGUUGAUGUGAUUUGCUUUGAAUGUAUCUCAAAAUAUGUUCUACUUCUUGUAAUUUAUUUAGUUAGCCUGGAUCCAAACAUGACAAUCAAGAUUUGCACAGUGUGUCAUCCAAUCUCAUUCUCACGUACACUUGUCACUUAAUGUUAACAUCAUUUCUCCAAGUCCUCUUGGUUUUCCCUUAUAUCUUCACUUCUCACCUCUCAGUCUGUGGACGUGUAGAUGGAUGCAGAGAGCAGAACAUCAUGUGAGAUGUUCCCUUUGGAGAAAUAUGUUGGAGAGUGUGUGUUUGAUGUUCUCAAAAAGUAUUCUGUGGUGGUGCCAGGAUCCAAGGCUAGUCUGGUGUCUUAUAAAGCUCUGCCCUUAUUCCCAUCCUCUGAAAUGACCAUAUUAUAUAUAU